GCCGUUGGCUCAUCAUACCCACAUGAGCCUUCUAAGCUCGCACACUUGACACAAUCGUCUCGCCUCGCCGCUCUGGAAGGUCGUCGUCGCUCUCGCGGGCGCGCCAUAAUGGCGGCCACGGCGGCGGGAUGGUCUCUAGCUGCCACGGCCACUGUUGUCGCCGUCGUCGUCGUCGCCUGCUGCGCCGCAACGGCGGCCGCGUCGUCGUCGCCGUCCUCGCAGCUGGACUGCGGCACGGUGACGUCGCUGCUGUCGGGCUGCGCGGCGUUCGUCCGGCACGGCGCCGGCCAGCUGCCCCCGGCCCCGGGCACGCCGUGCUGCGACGGGGUGGCGGGGCUGUACGCCGUGGCCGCCGACUCGUCGGACAACUGGCGGGCCGUGUGCCGGUGCACGGCGAGGCUCGUGAGGCGGCGCCACGGCCCCAGCGCGUCCGCCAUCGCGCUGCUUCCCGGCCUCUGCGGCGUCGUCGGGCUCAGGCUCGGGGCCGACGCCCACAACAUCAUUUCCUACUGUAGAAGCUUCUCUUGACAGCGCGGGAUGGGCGAGAGCUAGUCAAUCAGUAGCUAGGUACGUAGAGCUGGUACUUCAAUUGAUUCGUCAGCGAAGAACUAUGACCAGCAAUACGUACCUAUCGAUUGCCGGAUCCGUAGAGAAAAUACGUUUAAUUAGGUGUGGAGUUGUCAUAUUUGUUGUUGGACAACAGCAUGAUCAAAUGAAUAAUUUUAAUUAGGUGUGAUUUCUUUUCACACGGAUCAAUAAUAAUAUUAUAAAAUUAC